AAAAGCUUUUCACUUCCCGAUCCUUCCACCACUCAGUCACUCCAUCUUCCUUCGCCGUUCGACAACAUCCUCUUCAAAGAUAGAAAUCUGCUUUCGAUUCAAGAUGUAUUUGGUGGAAAAGAAAUAUGCCAUAUCAGGUGUACCCCAAGGUCCAUAAACAGUGAAAGAUCGCAAACCGGCAUGGCAGGCAUAGCACCAGAAGGAUCCCAAUCCGAUGCACGCCAAUUUGACUCCAAGAUGAGCGAGUUGCUUUCAACUGAUGGACAAGACUUCUUUACAUUAUAUCAUGAAGUCUAUGACAGUUUUGAUGCCAUGGGUCUCCAAGAAAAUCUCCUGAGAGGCAUAUACGCAUAUGGUUUUGAAAAAGCAUCGACCAUCCAACAAAGGGGAAUCGUCCCCAUCACCAAGGGCUUGGAUGUAAUUCAACAAGCCCAAAUUUGGAAUAAAAGGUUAAGAACAUGGUACACAAGAGAGAAGUAGUGAUUGUAGGUGGUUCAGAUUUAUUACAUUUCCAAAAGAAAUUAGCAAUUGCUAUUUCGAUAGCUAUGUGUGGUCAUUUCCAACAAGAAACAGAAAAAGAUGGGCAUUUUCAUGUCCGUUCAAAGAUGUAUAUUGAUAGUGCCAUUCUUAAAGAGGUCCCAAAUCUUAGAUUGCAUUGAACUUUUUGAUGCACUUUUUCUCUAAGAAGUUAGUACUAGUACUGUAAAUUUAGUUAAAUGACGCUUAUACCCUUUUGUAUAAUUAACUUGCUUAAAUUUUUUUACAUCAAUGCCAAUGGAUGGAUGAUGCA